AUGGUUGAAAAAUUCAAUCUUGCAUAUAACAUGAAUGUAAACUACGGAUUUUUUAAAAACAAACAUGAUGAGUUCAAAAAAGCAUACAAGAGGUGGAAGUUCUUGAUGAAGUCUACUGGUAUCAGGGUCGAUCCUGAAACAUCCAUAAUUGAUGCACCUGAUGAGUGGUGGGAAGCUCAUGAGUCGGUAAUAAUUCAUAACCAUUCUCAUUAUAAUAACUAA